CCCGAGGCCUAGCUGGCGCGGGUACGCACCGACUUGCCAACGAGACAAGGCACUGAGGCGCUAAGCCGACGGCAACGUGUGGCGUCACGUGACGCGGAGCGGGCCUCUAGCGCGUGCUUACGCACAGCCCAAGGGGCCGCUGACGGGCGAGUUCGCUCCUGCGGAGCCGAAGACGGAGGCCGGACCAACAGGGGCUGCGGGGGCCUCGGCGUCCGACGAAGGGGCAGGGCGGGGCCAGCUCCGGGACCGGGGCUACCACACAAGAGCGAGCGCCUGGGCCCGAGGGGAGCGAUGCUGUGGUUCCAGGGCGCCAUUCCGGCCGCCAUCGCGUCGGCCAAGAGGAGCGGCUCCGUCUUCGUGGUGUUCGUGGCAGGUGAAGAUGAGCAGUCUACACAGAUGGCUGCAAGUUGGGAAGAUGAGAAAGUAACAGAAGCAUCUUCAAACAGUUUUGUUGCUAUUAAAAUUGAUACCAAAAGUGAAGCCUGCCUACAAUUUUCACAAAUCUAUCCUGUAGUGUGUGUUCCAUCCAGUUUCUUUAUUGGAGACAGUGGAAUUCCCUUGGAAGUAAUAGCAGGAAGUGUUUCUGCAGAUGAACUUGUUACGAGAAUUCACAAAGUCCGACAGAUGCACUCACUAAAAGGUGAGACAUCAGUGGCAAAUGGCAGCCAGUCAGAAAGUUCAGUGUCUACUCCGUCUGCCUCAUUUGAACAUAACACUUCUGAAAAUUCUCAGUCCAGAAAUGUAGAGCUUUGUGAGACACCAUCUACUACUGAUACAAAGUCAGAUGCUGCAACAGGAGGAGAAAAUUCAGGCCCUGCCACUCCCUGUCAGGAGCCUAGUGGAUGUUCAAAUCAGAGACCUGCAGAGGACCUCACCGCCAAAGUGGAAAGACUAACAAAAAAACUUGAAGAAAAGAGAGAAGAGAAAAGGAAAGAGGAAGAACAGAGAGAGAUUAAGAAGGAAAUUGAGAGGAGAAAAACUGGAAAAGAAAUGUUGGAUUUUAAAAGAAAACAAGAAGAAGAAUUAACAAAAAGAAUGUUAGAGGAAAGAAACAGAGAAAAGGCAGAGGAUAGGGCAGCUCGAGAGCGUAUAAAACAGCAGAUUGCAUUGGACCGUGCAGAGAGAGCUGCUCGCUUUGCAAAGACAAAGGAAGAAGUAGAGGCAGCCAAAGCUGCUGCCUUGCUGGCCAAACAGGCAGAGAUGGAAGUCAAGAGGGAAACUUACGCAAGAGAGAGAAGCACUAUUACAAGAAUUCAAUUCCGUCUUCCUGAUGGUUCUUCUUUUACAAGUCAGUUCCCUUCUGAUGCUCGUCUAGAAGAAGCCAGGCAGUUUGCUGCACAGAGUGUUGGCAACAUUUACGGUAAUUUUUCACUAGCAACUAUGUUUCCCAGGAGGGAGUUUACAAAAGAAGACUAUAAAAAGAAAUUACUGGAUUUGGAACUUGCCCCAAGUGCUUCAGUGGUACUGUUGCCUGCAGGAAGACCAACUACAUCCAUCAUACACUCUUCCAGUGGAGACAUUUGGACACUGUUGGGGACAGUACUUUACCCAUUCCUUGCCAUCUGGAGGUUGAUUAGCAAUUUUUUAUUUAGUAGUCCUCCUCCUGCGCAGUCCUCCGUGAGAGCAACAUCGUCAGAACUUUCAAACCCUGGAUCAUCUAGCAAAUCAGAAAAAAGGGAAUCGGUCAGAAAAAGAGUGCUGGAAAAACGUGGGGAAGACUUUAAAAAGGACGGGAAGAUAUAUCGAUUGAGAACUCAAGAUGAUGGUGAAGAUGAAAAUAACACUUGGAAUGGAAAUUCUACUCAGCAGAUGUAGUGUGACAAGUAUAAUAUGUGCAAUAAUCAUUGCUUCUCUCAUGAUUUAAUUCAACCAAAAUUCUACUGGAGAAGUACUGCUUUCUUUACAUUUUUCAACUGAUCUGAGUUUCUCUGUAUUCCUGCUGGGUGGGUGUGGGUUCAAGUUGUUUAAGUCAGAAAAUUCAAGACAUAAAAUAACUAGCUGCUAGGUCCUUGCAUACAGUAACCAACUGCUAGAAGGCUAAAAAAAUCAGAAGUUCUGCCACAGCUCCCUCCAUUAGCUUCUCAUUCAGUAUUUCAUGUACCCAUUAGCUCUGUGCUCUCAGAAGACCAGUUUUGUUUAGGGCCAUUUUGCUCCAAGACUCUUAACUUACACAGAGUAACUGGUAUGUCACUGAGUAAUAUGACUCUGAGUCGGGGCAUUUUAACUAGCCAUUCAUAUGACAAUUUAUGUUUAACUUUUCUCACUGCAAGCAAAAUCUUGUAGUUUUUAAUCUUACUUAAACACUGAAUAAAAAAUCUUUUCCAAAAACUGGAAUGAUAUUUUUGCUUCAAGUUUUCUUAUCCUAGCAUCUUUUUGUUACACAGGGCUCUGUUGAGGUCAUGUGUCUCUGAUUUUCUUCCCCAGUACUUAAAUAUCACUGAAGAAAGAAAUUUUCUGACACACAUGCCACAUUACUCUCUCUCCUCAAUCAGUGAGCAUCAUUUUGUUUGUAUAACAUUUUGGUCUUUGUUCUCAUCAGAUGCAAAACAGCUGCGAGCCCAGAACCUAGUUUUCUUUCUCACCCUUAUGCUAAAAUUGUGUCCUUAAUACUCACAAUUAAAGGACCUGAAGAUCCUGUAGUGUAGGACAAGAAGUAUAGAAUAAAGACAUGGCUUUAGUCACUUGGUUAUUCUUUAGAAUUUGAAAGAGAUUCUUAAUCUUACUUACCUGCUACUUUAUCCAUGUGUUUUUGGUAGUGGAGACCACUAAACUAAUGAUGUUUGGAAAAGGGAGUGAGCUCGACAGUUCCUCUGUUUUAGAUUGGAAGACAUUACUCUUGAGUGAACAUAUCAAAAGACUUGUACUUUAUUUUGUAAUGAAAGGAACAGCAUUUCUUGGAGCAAACUUUGUUUUUCACCUAUGAAAUCACAGUGACUUUAAAAAAUGAUAAUAGCGUUGGCAAGGAAACACUGAGACAGGCUACACUGUUGGUAGGAGUGAAAACCUGUGUAAUCUUUCUGAAAAAUAUUCUUUUCCAGAAACAUUAAAUAUUUUAGACUUGCUGA